CAAAAUGACUGAUUAUUCCUGUCAGAUGUGUUUAACUCUUCACAAAGUGCAAAUGAAAAUUGCGAAUUGAAAAUUAAUAUUUGUUUUUUUUUUGUUUUUUUUUUGUUUAAUUUUCCUCAUCCAUUUGUAGAAAAUUAAAUUUUCAAAAUGGCAAAAGUGGCAAAAUGUCAGCCAUGUGGUCCAGGAUAUAGGUCUCCGAAAGCAGCAAUGAUGGAGGGUCCUAGAGAAAAAUUAAUGUACACUGUUUGCAUACAUACGAAUCCAGCUAAAGAAGACGUACUUUGCACAGUUGACAUAGAUCCAGAGAGUCCUACUUUUUGCCAAAUAAUACAUAAGCUAAGAAUGAAAUAUGUUGGUGAUGAAAUUCAUCAUUGUGGAUGGAAUAUUUGCAGCAGUUGCCAUGAUGUACCGAAAAAACGUGACACAUUGGUCCUUCCAUGUUUAAAUUCAGAUCGUAUUUAUUUUGUUGACGUUUCUAAUGAAAGGGAACCAAAAAUGAAAAAAAUUUUGGAGCCAGAAGAAAUGCAUAAAUUUGGAGCAGCAUCCCCUCAUACUUCGCAUUGUUCUCCAACUGGAGAAAUAAUGAUCUCAGUAAUGGGUACACCAAAUGGUGAUGCUCAGGGUGAUUUUCUUUCCAUUGACAGCAAUAGUCUUGAGAUCAAAGGAAUGUGGACAAAAGGAGAUAAAGCAAAAUUUGGUUAUGAUUUUUGGUAUCAACCCUAUCAUGAUGUUCUUGUAGCUUCCGAGUGGGCGAUUCCACGUGUUUUUAAAAGAGGAUAUCAACUCACUGACGGAACUGAUCCCACACUUUAUGGACAAAGUUUAAACGUUUAUUCUUGGAAGGAUAAGAAACUUCUUCAGGUAAUUGAUCUUGGUAAAGACGGAGUUGCUCCGCUCGAAACAAGAUUCCUUCACGAGCCAACAUCAUGCGAGGGAUAUGUUGGCUGUGCAGUGAAUUCGAGCAUUUUUAGAUUUUUCAAAAAUGACACUGGAACAUGGUCUGCCGAAAAAGUUAUUCAAAUUCCACCAAAGAAAGUUGAGGGUUGGCUAGAUCAAUAUGUUUCAGGCAUGAUAACGGAUAUUUUAAUCAGUCUUGAUGAUAAGUAUCUUUAUUUUUCAAAUUGGUUACACGGGGACAUUAGACAGUAUGACAUCACAGAUCGAAGAAAUCCAAAAUUAACGGGUCAAGUAUUCUUGGGAGGAGUUAUUCUUUCGGACUCAAAUGUUCGGGUUGUUGAUGAUAAAGAAUUAAAAAAACAACCUGAUCCUGUUUACGUGAAAGAACGUCGUCUUUAUGGUUCACCACAAAUGUUACAAUUGAGUUUGGAUGGUCGUCGACUUUACGUUACAACGGCCCUUUACAAACCAUGGGACAAACAAUUUUAUCCUGAACAUGUCAAGCAUGGUUCAACAAUGUUGAAAUUGGACGUGGAUGUGGAGAAUGGAGGCAUGAAGCUUGACAAAAACUUUUUAGUUGAUUUUGGAGCUGAUAAAGAUGACAUUUUACUGGCUCAUGAAACCAGGUAUCCAGGUGGGGAUUGUACAUCUGAUAUUUGGCUUGCGGAAUAAUAAAAUAUGUAUCCACGAGAAAAAAUAUAUAAUAAAAAUUUUUAUUCUCUAAA